AUGUUUUCCAUGUCUCCCUCUCUCACAUGCAUCCACUUAUUCUCGCCCUGUCUUUAUAUUCUUUUGCGCAUCUUAGCUUUUUGGCGUUGAAAGUCUCACUCACCCCUCCCACUCUUUGCGUUUCCCCUGAAACCAAGAAACCAGGACAGCUCGGCGCGCCACGGGUUAACGCGCACUCGCGCUCGUGAUUGGCUGCGGGAGCGGCGCUUUUAGAGAGAGGUAACCAGGCAACUUCAGCUGGAACAGCGGAGAGAAAGAACAGGGUAAAGGGUAAAAGAAGCGCAAAAAUCCCAUCAGUUUUGGUGUGCGAUAGAAAGGAUGUAGUCCAGGUUUGUGUCUAUCUGUCCCCGGCAUGGGAAAGUGGAUUACUGCUCUUCUACAGACGUGAGGACCGCGGUGGAGACUGGAUACAGAUUGCGCGUGGAUUUUUAUAAUGAGAAAUAUGGGAUCUGAACGCACCGGUUUAAAGCCCUUGCUGGGAGUGAAUGAGAUGCCGUGUCGAGGCUAGAGGCAGCAGUGGACUGUUUCAGAGUCAGUGGAAAGCCCCUCUAGAUGAGCCAGUCACAGCCACCCAGCUGCACGGUAAAGGAAUAAGGAUUUAAUAUGUCAACAGAGGCCGAGCUCCAGCCUGCUGCCAGACCCAGCGUCAGAAAGGAUUCCAAGAAGAGAGGGCAGGACCGCAGUGAGGCAGCUCUGAUAAAGCGUUUUAAGGGCGAUGGCGUUCGAUACAAGGCCAAGAUCAUUGGCAUAGAUGAGGUCACCGCUGCACGAGGAGACAAGCUGUGUCAGGACUCAAUGAUGAAACUUAAGGGAAUCGCAGCCUCUGCACGGUCUAAAGGAGAACACAAACAGAAAGUUUUCCUCACUGUGUCCUUUGGAGGGAUCAAGAUUUUCGAUGAGAAGUCGGGGGUUCUUCAGCACCACCAUGCCGUCCAUGAGAUUUCCUACAUCGCUAAGGAUAUCACAGACCACCGAGCCUUUGGUUAUGUUUGUGGAAAAGAGGGAAACCAUCGGUUUGUGGCCAUCAAAACUGCUCAGUCUGCUGAACCAGUGAUCCUCGACCUCCGCGACCUUUUCCAGUUGAUUUAUGAGAUUAAGCAGAGGGAAGAGAUCGAGAAAAAGGCUCAGAAGGACAAGCAGUGCGAACAAGCCGUUUAUCAGACCAUUCUGGAGGAGGACGUGGAAGAUCCCGUGUAUCAGUACAUUGUAUUUGAGGCGGGACAUGAGCCCAUCCGUGACCAAUCAGAGGAGAGCAUAUAUCAGGUCCCCACCAGCCAACAAAAGGAGGGAGUUUAUGACGUCCCAAAGCGACAUCCAAACAAACAUAGAGAACAGAUUGAUCUUAUGGAUCUAGACACUGACCUGUUGCUGGUCACCCAGAAUAUCAACCAGUUAGAGUUGUUUGGAGACAUGUCUACCCCUCCGGAUAUCACAUCCCCUUCAACCCCAGCAUCUCCGGCUAAUACACUGGACCAUACACUGGCCCACCAGCCUCCGUCCGAACUGUUUAACCCCUAUAACCCUGCCUCUUUACCCUCAGGUUACGUGACGAUGGGCCGUGCCGCCCGCGUGGGCCAGCAACAGUUUGCCGCUCAGGCUCCAUUAGCGUUUGGCGUCCAGUCCCCAGUGCAAGUUGCCCAGGUCUUACCGGGUGCUCAGCCUCUGAUUUGGGGCCAGGCCAACCUCUUCCCUGCCACCCAGCAACAGUGGGCCGCAAUGGCAGGAGCCCACUUUUCCCCUGCCGCUUUCAUGCCUGCCCAGACAGUAGGGCCACUUCCUGCCGGCAUGUUUCAGACACUGGCUCCCAUGGUGGUGCCCGCGUCCUGCGAGACGCCAACGGCGGCCAUGGGCGGAGCCCUGGCGGGAAGCUCCGCCUCCACGGCCUCCAGUCCGCAGCACGGAGAGUGCACGUUGCAGAGACAGGCAAAGAUGAGCAAGGAGAUGUUUCAGGACUUUCAGAUGGCAAAGCCACCAGCCAUGCCUGCGAGGAAAAGCGAGCAACCUAGUCUGACCUGCACCACGGACGCUUUUACCAGCUACUUCAGCAGAGUGGGAAUGGCACAAGACACAGACGACUGUGACGACUUUGACAUCUCGCAGAUGAACCUCACACCCGUGACCUCCACCACGCCCUCCACAAACUCACCACCCACCCCAGCCCCACGGCAGAGUUCUCCAUCAAAGUCCUCAUCCCAUGCUAGUGACCCACCCACCGAUGACUCUUUUGGUGAAGCAGAGGGCAGCCCUAGUCGAAGCGGGGAAGAGGACGCUGCUGGAGACUCUCAGCAGUCUCCGGGGGCGAGCGAGCCUCGAGCGGAGCCCGAGACCUCAGAGUCGGACAGUCCUCAGGGGAAGGACCCUCUCUACGCCCAGAUCAACAAGGGGAAAGUGAAGGAUCAUGGGAACUCUGCACAGACAGGACCAGCGCUGGGGGAGCAGGAGACCAAAACACUGGAGUUCAACUCUCAGCCCUGUGUGUGCGUGUGUGAAUAAAUGCAUCCGUCCGUGUGCACAAGUUUGAAAGCGUGUGUGCUUGUGCGUGUUUGUAUGAGUGUGAUCUUCAGGGCUCAGCUGUGACCGGUCACUCCAGCCUCACUAGUCCUCUUCUCCAAGCAGCCCAAUUCACCGAGGCCUGACCCAGCCUUCACGAAGCCCUGUUCGCCUCUCUCUCCAGAGCAACAGGACUUCCUCCGUGUCUACCCUCCCGCAAGGAUCUAUUCGUUUCUCACUGUGUUUCCUGCGCACGGACUGAAAGUGGGGCAUCAGCCAAAGCUGCAUUGUGGGCGAUUCUAACUCCUCAUAGCCUUAUGGAUCCUGCUCUCCCGUCCAAUCAUUCCCUCUUUUGUCCAACUUCCUGUCUCUCCUAAAUCCCCACUCCAAGACUCUGUAUAGAGACCACACGGUAAAGAACUCAUAAGAGGUGACACACACGUGCAAAAGAGAGUUCGAGAAAUGUCCCCAUCCAACACCGUCAACCCCACACGUAGAUCAGACCACGGUAUUUGGUCACAGAGUAAUCCAUGCCUCUGUGAAAUGUAUGAUACAUCCAUCUGGGUUUGUUUGGUUCCCCUUGCUCAUGCAUUUGAGAUUCUGCUGCUAGAAAGCUAUGCAGAAAUAAACAACAAAAACGUUCCCUCUGUGGACCCUUACGAUGGAGAACAGACACGAGGAGCGACUUUUGCCAAAUCCGAUUCCAAGAUUUCGGAACUGCCCGGUGGGGGGAUCUGAGGGUCCGAACGUUGCAAAAACAAACUGAAUCUGUGAUUGAACUAUUCCUUCUCAAUAGCUUUUGUACAAUACUAACAAGAAAACAACACGACAUUGAAAUUGAAUUUUUAUUUUAUAAGUCAGUGAAGCCCUUGAAGUCAACUUUAGAUGUGUUUUAGGGGUAACAUGGCUUUAAAAUCCAAUUGUUGGUUUGCCAAACUCAUUUUGUAAAUAAUAAUAAUUAUUAUUAUUGAUAAUAAUAAUGAUGAUGACAAUGAUGAUGACAAAUAAUAUUGAAGAUGAAAAACAAUGGUUCUGAUUAUAACAGUGUUCAUUCCAUCCUGUGGACUUUUGUGCCAUAAAAUAGGCUGGCCUUAUAGUGAUGCAAACUCCUCAUUAAACCCAAGCAAUAUUAACGUGUGUCCCAUAUUAUCCAGUGGUUAACAUUGCUGUCCCACAGUCAAAGCAUGUUGUGAGUCUUGAUUUUAGCAGGACAGGAGACUGGAUUACUUACGAACAAGCCUGAGAUGUUUUUAAUGUUAGAAAGGGUCCAAUCUUACAUUGACAGUGACAUAUGUGUGCCGCAUGGUCAUCCGUCUCUCAUCUGAUCUGUUUUCAAGAGGAAGCUUAUAACUGUGAAAGAGUUCAACCGGACCUUCAAUGUUUAUGUUAAUCCAGAAAUUGCACUCAUUCACUCAAGGAAACCUUAAAGUCAACAUGAGAACAACAUUACAACAUUAACCUGCUUUCUAGUUCAUGCAUAUGUUUAUUUUUAUUCUUUAUAUAUUACAUGUUUAUAUAGUUUCAUUUUCAGCUGCCACAUCUUGGACUAGCCUAACCUAUCAUAAUAGCUGAAUGUCACUAUUUGAAAUAUUGAUGGAUUUGAGAUGGAAGUGUAUUGCAAACAUCCCACAUUAGUGUCCAGCUCCCUUUUAAAGUAGUUCACUUCAAAAUUUGCCCCCAUUCACUUUCCAAAGUAAUUUUUAUUUCUACUAUGGAAAGUCAAUGGGGCACAUUUUGAAGUGAACUACUCCUUUAAUAUGGAACGCCUAAUGGACAGAACCCAUACAUUUUUACUUUUUUUUACUUUUCCCUCAAAAAUGUCACAUAACAUAAGCAAAAUGUUUUAUAGGCCCAAAUUAUGUAUUAUGCUCAUUUUAAGGCCCUUUAAUAACAACGUUUAAUGGUUUUAAAUCAGAACAUCAGUCUGAAAUUUAACCUUAAAAUAGGUUAUAUCAUCCACAAUGACAUUCAUUACAUCUGAAUACAUCAGAGUAUUCCGUUACCGUGACAACUACUUCCUCCUAUUUUAUGGCCAAAGUCCUGAUUUAAUUUGAAAGCCGUUUGAACCUUCAAAAUCCACACUUUGGAAAUUAAGAACACAAUGGUAAAAUACGAAUGGGAAACCUUACAAUUUGAGUACAUUUCUAUUUUGACUUUACCUCAGCUUAUGGUUUGGUGAGGUAAAAGGACACCUUAUUUUUAUCUUGAUGAUAAUGACAUUAUACAGUGGAUUUUUAGAGAUUUUUCUUUUCUCUUGAUUUAUGUAACCCACCAUGUAAUACUGUUACCAAUAAACACAUC